ACGGUCCUGGGGAAUCCCUACGCACGCUUAGGCUCUUGGGAGUUGUAGUACGAAUCCAGUCAGGGUUGGAACCAUGGCGGUGGCCAAGGAGCUCUUACAGAUGGACCUGUAUGCGCUGCUAGGUAUCGAGGAGAAAGCGGCGGACAAAGAGGUGAAGAAGGCAUAUAGGCAGAAGGCCCUCUCCUGCCACCCAGACAAAAACCCGGAUAAUCCCAGAGCAGCUGAGCUCUUCCACCAGCUUUCUCAGGCCUUGGAGGUACUGACCGAUGCUGCAGCCAGGGCUGCAUACGACAAGGUCAGGAAAGCCAAGAAGCAGGCAGCGGAGAGGACCCAGAAACUUGAUGAGAGACGGAAGAAAGUGAAGCUUGACCUGGAGGCCCGAGAGCGGCAGGCCCAGGCCCACGGCAGUGAGGAGGAGGAGGAGAGCAGGAGCACCAGGACACUGGAGCAGGAGAUCGAACGCCUUCGAGAAGAGGGCUCCCGGCAGCUGGAGGAGCAGCAGAAGCUGAUCCAGGAGCAGAUACGCCAGGAGCGGGAGCAGAGGUUGAGAGGAAAGGCAGAAAGUCCUGAAGGCAGAGGAACCCCUAAGCUAAAGCUAAAAUGGAAGUGCAAGAAGGAAGAUGAGUCAAAAGGCGGCUACUCCAGAGAUGUCCUCUUACAGCUUUUCCAGAAGUAUGGAGAGGUGCUCAACCUGGUGCUUUCUAGUAAGAAGGCUGGCACUGCUGUGGUAGAGUUCGCAACCAUCAAGGCUGCGGAGCUGGCUGUCCAGAAUGAAGUGGGCCUGGUUGAUAAUCCUCUGAAGAUUUCCUGGUUGGAGGGACGACCGCAGGGUGGGAGAGACCCCAGCCACUCAGGACUGUCACAGGCUUCCGGCUCUUCCAGUGACCCCACCUCUGCCCACCCACACCCCAUUCAGAAGCUAGAUUCGCUCGGAAAUUGCUCCUUCAGCAUCUGUAGAACUUCCUCAAGAAGUGAAAUCCCCAGGUCCACUUUGAAGGAGAAGAAGGGAUCACUGAGGUCUGGAGCAGGUGUCCCCUGGAAGGGGGGAGUGUCCAGAAGGUCAUUGUCAGAGUAGUGGUGGAGGGUGCCCGCCAGUGAGAGCGCAGAGGGCAGGGUGGCCGAGUAGGCCGGCGGGGGCUCCAGGAUGUUGGGGCAGCUGGAGCUCUCUCGGUAGAGGCGGGGAGGCUUGGGCGGGGCCAGCAGGGUGGCCCGGGGCUGCUCAUCCCCCCACAGAGGCAGGCGCCGGCCAUCUGGCCGCCCUCGCAACUCCCGGAUGACUUCUCGGUUGCUGUACUCCUCGUGGUCCCCGCCAGCUGUGCUCGCCUGGCUGAGCACGCUGCCCUGUCGCCGGAGUCGCCGUGGCCGCCCCAGGCUCAGUCGCUUGAAGAAGGAGGCAUUGCGGAAGGAGCCUUUCCGCCAGGUCUCCAUGGCACGCAGGGGAGCCAGCAGACAAGCAGCCCAGUUCAAGAGUAGCUAGUCACCAUGGGGUCCCUGCUGGAGCAGUGACUGGCUAGAGCGGUGGGGACAGCCCUAGCUAGAAGCACAGACUUUUGGCCAGCAUCUUGGACGGCAGCAAGAGGUCCUGGGACGAGGGCGCUUUUGUCCGGGAGAGCCGAGAGGUGGGAGUUCCUGGCAACAGGAGUUUCCCAGAGGGAUAGGCUUGGCCUGGUUACUUGAUCGGACGGUGAGGAAAAACCCCAGGAGGAAGAAGCAGCACUUACUGGAGUCGGAGGGCGGGCAGCCCAACCUGAGGUGCCAAUGAUGGAAGCAGCCUGGGCUGCUUCCCCGGGGGCCUCUGCUCUGGGUGGGUCCGAGCUCGCCGUGCCUUCCCGUCCCCUGCACUUGGCCUCUCCGCCGCAGCGCCCGGACUCUGAUGAGUGGCUUGGCUGUUUGUGCCGGUGCGUGGCAGUGGGGAUUGUUGUUUUCAGGUGACUCAGUCAGGUGGGAAGCCAGGUUUCAUGCUCUUAGGUAAUUGCAGCAUCUGUGGGCUGGGAUUGGGCCAGCUGUGGCCAACACCCCCGGGCACUGGGGAGCUUUGGAUUCCCCUGAGGACUCUCUGGGGGCGGCCCUGCUUUGUGUGUCACCACUGUUUGCUUCCUUUUCCCCCUGCAGCCUCUCUGCCCGGGGCCCUAACCCCCUCCAGCCCCCCAAGUGUCUGCGAGGGAGGGGCCCCAGGAGGGUGGGUAUUAAUUGAAAGGCAGGCAUGUGGAACAGUUGUUGGGGAAGGAAGAGAGACCUGUCACUAGUGUGGGUGACUCAGUCCUGGGGCCUGGUGACAGGCCCUCAUUAGCCAAGCCUGCAGGUACGAGGGGGAAGAGGCAGAGGGUGUGUUAACGGGAAGCAGCCCCAUGCCUAUAAAGGGCUGGCCCCUCCCUCGGCUGGGCUCAGGGCAUGCCAGGGUGCCUCUGAGGUUUGCUCUGCAGGGCAGCCUUACCUUGGAAAGCGGGGAGCUGCUCUCCCCUCGGCCUGACACCCAGUCUGGCAGUUUCUCAUCUUCCUGGAUUUACUCCCAUAGCCUCAGGGCAGGAGGGAGCAGUUGAGGGCCAAUGUCCUGCUGCCUCCGGUCCUGCCUUGCUCCAGUCCUUUCUCUUGGGUCACCUGCGCCUUCUUUGGGGUCCCCCCUGUGUGGAAAGGGCUGAGCCACACAGGGCUGCCUUGAAGUGUCAGCUGGGCCAGGUUAGGUAGGUGGGCCUGGCUGGGAGGGCUCCUGUUCUCUGAGAUGCCACAGCCUGGGACAGACAAGGAGGCUGGAACGGUCAGAGAAUUGGGGGGGGGGGUGUCUGGGCUGAGUCACACUUCCUGGUUCUGUAUAGCCCUAACCUCAAACCAGUUGGCCAUGGUCUGGCAUCUUAACCCGGGUCACUUCCUUCAUACUCCCCAGGUCACUGACCACUGAACCUCCCUCGGCUUAUUAGUGAGCGAGCACUCGCUGGGUCUGCCGCAGGACAGGCUCUGCAGUUGGCUGUGUCCACACCCCCUGGCCUGGCUCACUGUGUGCCAGCUCAGGUGGGCCUCACGCUUCACACAGCUUUAGCUAUACUGAUGGAAGAAGUGCUUUGGUUCCGGCGGUAGACCCUAUGGUGGUGUGGGGUUGGAGGGGGGUGGGAGGAUCGGAGCUCCAUGGCAGAGCUGCCUCUUGGGCCCACAACACUGGCGUGUUGGGUUGGUUGUUUAUUAGUCUUUUGAUUAUUGACAUAGAGCACUCCUUACUCCCCCGCACUGUGCUGGCAAGAUCAUAAAAGAAAAAGGCACGGGCCCUGUCCUCCAGCAGGCCUGGUGUGUAUUUUUAGGACGGGAGUGGCCCCAUGUGUGUUUCUCUCUCC